AUGCUGGCAGGUAAUCUCGAGCCCAAACGUCUUGUUAUACCUCUAGAAGUUCACGAGCCGCCGGAUCGAGAGACGAGGCGGCGAGAAUUUGUUAGACGCGUGCGAACCCAAAAACACAUCAUGUCGCCCAGGUCAACAAGCGAAGAGCAACCGCCCCCUGCGCGCGUGACCAUCGCGGCAGACACCAAGGCGCAUGAUUAUGCCGCCGCCCCCGAAGCCAGCGGCAGCCGGACCAACGCCAACGGCUGGGACGGCAAGCUGCGCAUACCAAAGUCGGCCAUCCUGACCAACGCCGAAGCCAUCUCCGACCCAGAGUACUCAGACGACGAAAACGUGCUGCCUGGCGAGGAGAUUGCCGCCGACGAGGAUUUACUAGAAAAUGAAGACCCCGAGACGAAACAAAUCAACGUGACCCAUUCGCGCGUCGGGUCCAUGGAGCGCCUACGCCUCGACCGCUUCCAAAAAGUCGUGCAAAUCUGCCUGCGACAGAACAAUAUCCAGCGCAUCGAGGGCCUCGACGCCCUCGGCGGCACCCUCGAGGACCUCGACCUCUACGACAACCUCAUCGCCCACAUCCGUGGUCUCGAGCACCUGACCAAGCUGACCAACCUCGACCUCAGCUUCAACAAAAUCAAGCAUAUCAAAAAUGUCAACCACCUCAAGGACCUCAAGACGCUGUACUUCGUCGCCAACAAGAUCAAAGACAUUGAAAACCUUGACGGGUUGAACAAGAUCACGUCGCUCGAGCUUGGGUCCAACCGUAUCCGCGAGAUCAAAAAUCUAGACACCCUCACCGGUAUCGAGGAGCUGUGGCUCGCCAAGAAUAAAAUUACGACCCUCGCCAACCUCGGGGGCCUGCCGCGCCUGCGCCUCCUCAGCAUCCAGUCCAACCGCAUCCAGGAUCUCAGCCCACUCAAGGAGGUUCCGCAGCUCGAGGAGCUCUACAUUUCGCACAACCUGGUCACCUCGCUCGAAGGGCUCGAGGCCAACGUCAACCUUACCACCGUCGACGUCGGACACAACAAGAUUGACAGCCUUGCCGGGCUCGGCCCGCUCGCUAAGUUGGAAGAGGUAUGGGCCAGUUACAACCUCAUCAUGGACUUUGCCGAUGUGGAGCGGGCGCUCAAGGACAAGGAGCAGCUGACGACAGUGUACUUUGAGGGGAACCCCCUGCAGCUCCGCGCCCCCGCGCUGUACCGGAACAAGGUCCGUCUGGCGCUCCCGCAGCUCAAACAGAUAGAUGCGGACCGACUUCAAGCGAAUGAGGCACCAUACACGUCCGGCUCAAGCACCAAGUGCAAGCGCAAUAAUUUUGCCUCAUGGGUCAGUGAUACAUGA